GGGACGUAUGAAAUAUUUCAUGCAUCCAGAACGCACAAAAUCUGAGCGCUUCAGGACAUGCAACUUGGAACUCACUGCUCUAUGCCCGUAGCCAGGUCAGUUGUAAGACAUGAACUGUUAAGUUGCAUAUUUAUUCUAAGAAACUACAAUACUGCACCGAAAGGGCCUCCCGCGGCAAAAUUGGGUCGACCUUCUCACUUCUGUGCCCGCGCUGACAGGAAGCUUCAUGCCAGAACAAUUCACUGUACGCUAUGAUGUACUGCAAAUAACACCUGAGACGUGAUAAGGAGAAAUGGACGCGGUGGAACUUGCAGCAGGCCUCCGGGCGGCACGGAACGCCUUGCUUGGCGGCGAUGAUGAUGAUGACGGCCCCAACACCAACGGUCCUGGCAUGGCCUCCUGCCACAGCGGCCCCCGCAGUGCAGCUCCCGCCGGCCCCAGCAGCCGCUCCAAAGAGCUCCUGGCGCGGCUGCUAGCCCCCGUGGCCGCAGCCGCCGCGCCCUCCGCCGGCCUGGCCGUGCCCACGCUGCGCGCGCUGUGCCUGGGCCUGCUGGGCUCCCACGUGGAGCACCUGGCCGGCACGGAGGACAUGGGGCCGCACCUGGCGCUGCUGCCGCCCGACGUCAAGGCGUGCAUGCUGUGCGUGGCGCGCCGCCGUGGCGUGCUGAGCAACCGGAUCCUGCUGGGCCUGGUGGAUCCCGGCUGGGCGGUUUUGGAUCUGGCGGGCGCGGCCGCGCUGAGCGAGCGGGCGGUGCGGCGGGCGCUGCUGCGCUGCGGGCGCCAGGCGCUGAGGGCGCUGGACCUGUCGGGUGCGGGCGGCGGCGGCGGCGGCGGCGGAGCUGGGGGCACAGGAGGGGUGGAUGGGGUGGAGGGGAAAGCAGGUGCAUCGGCAGGGGCCUUGGGAGCAGGGGCAGCAGCAGGGGCAGCAGGCGCAGGUGCAGGUGAGGGCCAUGUGGGUCUGGGGCCGGAGCUGCUACGUGACCUGCCGCAGCUGGCGCCGGGGCUGGAGGUGUUGGUGCUGGGCGGCGGCGGCAGGCGGCAGCAGGAGGUGCUGCUGCAGGUGCUGCCCGACAUCCUGCCGCACGUGGUGCUGCGGCGGCACAGCCAGGACGGCGGCGGCGGCGGCGACCAGGUGGCGGACAGCUGGGAGGAUGUGGUGGUGGAGGCAGAGCCCACGUCACACCACCAGCACCACCAAAACUCACAGCAGCAGUCGCAUACAGCAGCAGCAGCAGCAGCACAGCAGCCCACGCGGGUGCAGCUGCUCGACCCCGGGGAGCUGCGGGGGCUGCAGCGGCUGCGGCUGCUGGUGUGGCGUGGCGGCGGCGCCAGCCUGGCCGCACACAUCGUGCGCACCGUCAGCCCCCGCGUGGAGCUGGUGGAAGAGCUGCCCCCGCUACUGCCACUGCUACUGCCGCAGCAGCAGCUACUGCUGUACCAGCAGCAGCUGCAACAGCUGCUACUGCCGGACGGGGGCGGAUGCAGUGGCGGUGGGCGGGCUGGCGGGGUGAGCCCGGACGCGCGAUGGCGGGAAGGCAGUGGUGGUGGUGGCGGCGGCGGGGGCGGCGGCUCGUUGGUGCCGGGUGGCGGCGUCAGCAGGGGCGGCAUCAGCAGCGGCGGGAUCAACGUGAUACGCGCGAGCACGGCGGUGGGGAGAGCUCCGGUGACGGUGGGCGGGAAGCCCUCGGCCGUGGCGGGGCCGAGCGGAGGCGCCGGCCGCUACACCGCGCCCCACUUGCGGAAGAGGCAGGAACCGCGGCAGGCGUCCCAGCCGCAGAAGGAGGAAGUGGCCGCCGCAGGGGAACACCCGGCCGCAGGGGAGCACCCGGCCACAGAGGAGCAAGCACACGUUGCAGGGGAGUCGGAGGAAGGCGGCGCCGGUGCUGGCGGCGGUGAAGUCGUGGGUGCCGGGGCCGCACCUCUCCCUGCGGAGCCUCCCAGCACGACCGCAGCCAUUGCGGCGGCCCCAGCCCGCCCCCAGCCGCCCCAACCGCCACAACGAACACAACCUCAACCGUUGCAGCCGCCACAACCUCCCCAACUGCCGCCGCACCUGGAUGACUGCCUGGCGGCGCUGGUGGCCCCCAGCGCCUGGGCGGGCGGCGGCUGUGGCGGGCCGGGUCGGGGCGGCGCUCGGGAGGCGGAGUGGGAGCGGCUGCACAUCGCGGAGAAAUUCAGGCUGGCGUAUGUGCAGCAGGACGAGCGGCUGCGGGCCAAGGCGCGGCGCGAGGCGGCCCUGGCGGAGCGGCAGGAGCUGCGGGCCAGCGGCGUGGCGCGGGCGCUGGCGCAGUGGCUGGACGCCGAGUAAUGCCUGGUGCGGCAAUGCACCUGGUGGUGACGGCCAGAUUGUGUGUGUGUGUGUGUGUGUGUGUGUGUGUGUGUGUGUGUGUGUGUGUGUGUGUGUGUGUGUGUGUGUGUGUGUGUGUGUUUGAGAGUGUGAGUGUGUGUGCGUGCUGGAGUGGAAGGAAUGAGUGCACUUUGUGAUGCGUAACGUGCGUGCGGUGAACAUUGGAACAAUGACUGUGCAGGAACUUUCACGAGGCAAACUUGCGUUCUAGCUUACAUACAUGGCUAGCCAAAAAAUGAACGCGUCUGGGUGAGGGCGAGAGCUGGUGCACCAUGCACACAUAUACCGUACGUGUGUCAGAAAGUAGAAAGAAGCAACGCGGAAACAGGACAUGUUUGUCUGCGUGCGUGUCUGUUGAAAGGAAACGACAAGCGUGCGCCCGCGGUGUGUGCAAGUGUGUGGUACGAAUGACUGCAUGGUGGCAGGAUGCCGAGUGAUGCACGUACGGCAGUGGCGCAGUGGUAGUGACGGUAAUUGCGGCAGUGUGGCAGUGGCAGUGGUGGUGUUCUCUGGAGUAUUGGGGUGUCAAGCGCGUCCGUUGCUGCACCAACGCUCCCCCGCCGUCUCCCACACGCCUCGUGCCUC